GAUCCUUGUUUCCAUGUGAAGGUCCAGGAAGCACUGGGGAAAUGGGUCCCAUGAGGCAAGUGUGACCUACGAGUCCAGCCCACCAGUCUGACACCCAGCAGAGGGAGACUACCAUGGAUGGCAUCAUUGAACAGAAGAGCAUGCUGGUACACAGUAAGAUCAGUGACACUGGCAAGAGAAAUGGUUUGAUUAACACCAGAAACUUCAUGGCCGAGAGCAGAGAUGGUUUGGUGUCUGUUUACCCAGCACCCCAGUAUCAGAGUCACCGGGUGGUGGGCAACACAACACCAGCCGGCCUGGACAGCAGCAGGAAGGAGCCAGUGCAGCAAUUGCUGGACCCCAACACCCUGCAGCAGUCAGUGGAGUCCCACUAUCGUCCUAACAUCAUCCUCUACUCAGAGGGUGUGCUGCGCUCCUGGGGGGAUGGUGUGGCCGCUGAUUGCUGUGAGACCACCUUUAUCGAGGACCGGUCACCCACCAAAGACAGCCUGGAGUACCCUGAAGGGAAGUUCAUUGACCUCUCAUCUGAUGACAUCAAAAUCCACACCCUGUCCUAUGAUGUGGAGGAGGAGGAAGAAUUACAGGAGCUGGAGAGUGACUACUCAAGUGACACAGAGAGUGAGGACAACUUCCUCAUGAUGCCCCCGCGGGACCACCUGGGGCUCAGUGUCUUCUCCAUGCUCUGCUGCUUCUGGCCUUUGGGCAUCGCAGCCUUCUACUUGUCCCAUGAGACAAACAAAGCCGUAGCCAAGGGGGACUUUCACCAGGCCAGCACCAGCUCCCGGCGAGCUCUAUUCCUUGCGGUGCUGUCCAUCACCAUUGGAACUGGCAUCUACGUGGGCGUGGCCGUCGCCCUCAUCGCCUACCUCUCCAAGAACAACCACCUAUGA